AUGACCACAUUCUUUCAACGGCUGAAGCAUCCCUUUCGCCGGCCUACUCAUUACUACACGAUUGCCGAGCCUUCUCGCACGCCGCAACAGCUUGAGAGGCAACAGAAAAAAGAGCUACAGAUGGCACAAGACAAGAUUGAGAACGACCUGGAUGACGGGCGUGUCCGACCAAGAAGGAGCAGUUCACCUGAUAGUCUUCCUGUGAUCAUUGACAAAGGGCCUUACAAAGGCUACUUCUAUCCAAAAGAUCAGCUCUACUUUAACAGCAUUAUGCUGGCCGCAGAUGUAGAACCGAGAUAUGUUGGUCCGCCUGGUGGAGAGUUCAGACAAGAGGUUGCCAGGACCCCGAUUCGGCGCCCAAGAGGCAGAAACAACAGGAGCCCGUCCCCACGACCCGUGCCGAGUGAGUGGUUGACCGCUUCACAAAAUGCGGAAAACCUAAGACGGUGGGAAGAGCGUAAUGGCGUCGAGCCUAGACCCAUGCGUGCUCGGCGUCCAAGCCGCAUGCUAUCACCUCCGAGGCCAACAUCGCCGCCCAGAGGACCCAUUAUGCCUGGUACGCAGGAAUGGGACAAGUUUAUGGAUUUUCCAUCUGAAACCUCUUAUCACCCUCAAUCAGAUAAGCAGUGCAACCAAGCGGCUAAAGCGUCUGUUACAUUGGAAACCCCAGGAUCGUCAGUACCAGCAGUGACCGAAAUGCAGAACCCGUUGCCAUCUCAUCGUGUCAAUAAUCUUCCACAAAGAGGGCGGUCCAUACCACCAAGUCCGACAAGCUCUCAAAUUAGAUUACCGGGUAUCUCGCCAACCGAUGAGGGGUCGACACAACCAGCGACAUGGACUUCAGCCUUGAACAGCAUUUUACACAAUGAGGCAGUGGAUCCGGCAAUGAGAGAAGCUGUCAUAGAUAGGGCACGGCAUAACUCUGCCACUAGAGGUUCAGAACACCACGAGACACUUCCUAUUGCCCCAGUCGACGCGGGCCUUGUGCCAAACUUUAGUUAUCCCGUCGCCGCAAGUGCAUUCUAUGAUCGUGUUGAUGCCGCGCAGGAAUCUCAGAUACGACCAGUUCAAGAAGACGAACUGUUACCAAACGGUGUUAGUGUUGAGACAAGCAGCCAUACAAGCUCGAAUGACACUCUCUAUCGUGACCCAACCCCGCUCAGCUGGCCACUGCGAGGGGGACAAGAAGAGACUCACUCUCCACUAACAAACGGCGUCCCGCCAGGCUACUACCCACCGUCAAGCUCCGAUGGCACUGCUGGUACCGCCGAUACGAGUAUCGAUCCUCGCCAGCGCCCGCCACCACCUCCCGAUCUCGUUCCGGAACAUACUUCCACACUGCUCUCCUCCAUUCUCACACCGUCGGAAUUUGCCCUCCAUCGAGAAAUCGUUCAUGGAGCAGCGCUGGUAGGUACCCCAAUAUCCCCCACACGCAGCAACACGAGCUCCUCAACACCACUGGACACGCGUCUGAUCCAGAAACUUGACACUGUCGUCUACGGACUUCAAGACCGCAUCAAUGGACUAGAAGACGAUCUCGUGCCGCAACUUGGCACGUGGCUUGAGCAAAAAGACCUCGAGAUCAGCGAACUGCAUAUCGAAACAUCCAAUCUGCGAGAUGAAGUUGCGGAACUAAAGCGCAUUGUGGAUUUUAGCAGCAGAACUCUGGGUCUGUGUCGAGAACGCGAAUGGGAGGUCUGGCAGACGUUGUUGGAUAUCCAGCGAAAACGCGAAGAGAAGCGGAGUCCUCUCUCCCGCGUUUUCUCCUGGGUACGAGGGAAUCCAACUCGGGAUGUGGACGGGCUUCAAUCUUGUAGAUCGACAGAUCUUGGGAACAAAGGUCUUCUUAAGAAGGAACUUGAUGCCCUUCUACUUAUCGCGAAGCAGAAUGUUGACGUAAUUGACGAGGACAUGGAGGAAAUGGCGAGGCUGGUGUGGGCGUGUAAGGCGAAGAAUGACGUGACGGAGGAAGUCAGGCCAGUGGAAGGGUCUGGGGAGCAUGUUUGA